AUGUCGUUGGAACGUUUUAAUUUUAAUAUAUUUGACAACAAUACAGAAGACUGGGAUUACUAUAUACAAAGAUUUGAGAUCGAGUUACAACUUCAUGGGCUUGACGGAACAACAUCAGAUAGUAAUAAUAAGAGAAAACAAUUACUUCUCUCCCGAAUCGGUCCAACAUCAUUCAAGGUACUUGUGGAUUAUUUUCGACCGACUCCCGUGACAUCGAAAACUUACGAGGAACUUAUUAAAGUACUACAUGAAUAUUAUGGCAAGAAGACCUACGUUCUCUCCGAACGGUUAUCUUUUGCUACAAGAUAUAGAAACGAAAAUGAGACAAUUUCACAAUUUAUACUACAACUUCGUUCACUCGCUGGAUACUGUGAAUUCGGAAAUACACUAGAAGAACGAAUUCGAGAUCAACUAGUAAUCGGCAUUAAUAACAUUACAUGGCAACAGGAACUCAUCAAAGAACAUCCAACGAAUGAUUCGAAACUUGCUGAUAUUAUCGCUACACUGAACAAACUGGAACAAGCAGAAAUACAGAGUCAACGUUUAACAAACAACAAUUAUACUACUAUGGAAACUACUAAUGAAUCACCGCAAGCUGUAAACAAACUUAACAUCAACAACAAUAGAAAACCCGGAAAGAAAACAAACAUUCCCUCAAAAAAAUGUAUAUUUUGUGGAGGAAAAUACCACCAAAAUUUGAACGACUGUCCUGCAAAGGGGAAAAGAUGCAAUGCUUGCAAUAAAAUGAACCAUUUCUCGAGCGUUUGUAUAGGUAGUGGUCAUUUAAAAAUAAACAAGUAUAAUACAAGACAAGUUUCAAUAAAGAAACAUCGUACUGAUAGCGAAAAUGAAGAUUCUGAUGCUGAGAGCACACACACUCGUGCGGUUGGUUUUCGUAAUCCUGCCAGCAAAAUUAUGAUAUCGACGAAACUUAACAGUAUAGAAGUUGAUAUGUUAUAUGACCCUGGGGCAGUACACUCAGUUAUUGGCAAAUUGUUAUGGAAAGCAAUUGGUCGACCAACACUAAAAAAAUGUAAGAAUCUUGUUGCCUACACAGACGUCAAGAUCGAGACUCUGGGAAUCUGCGACAUAACCGUAAUGGCCUUUAAUAGUGUGAAGAUAUUAUCAGCCUAUGUAACAAAACAUAAUGACUUACCUUUAUUUGGAUUAAAUUGGUGUUUACAAUUCAACCUACCUAUGCCACCGGGGGCUCGGCUCUGUAACAUAAAAGAACCCAUAACAAAAACAAUUCCCCCUAUAACAGGACAACAUAAUAAGGAUGAGGUUGAAUGUUUACUAAAGGACUUUAAAACACUAUUUGAUGGGAAAUUAGGUACAAUUAACUGUCAUACUGCCAAGAUCCAUAUUCCUAACAAUGUACGUCCUAAGGCUUUCAGACCACGACCAGUUCCAUUGGCCCUACAGGACCAAGUCAACGACGAAUUACAGCGUUUAGUAAGAGAGGGGUUCUAG